AUGGCCGACGAAGAAUACACCAUUUACGAUGAGAUCGAAAUCGAAGACAUGACCUUUGACGAGGCUCUUCAAAUCUACCACUACCCAUGCCCUUGCGGCGACCGUUUCUCGAUUGGCAUCGACGACCUGCGCGACGAACAAGAUAUUGCCGUGUGCCCAAGCUGCAGCCUGAUGAUCAGAGUCAUCUUUGACCUCGACGACCUACCCAAGCCUCCUCCUACCGGCAACUCUGGAGGCCAGAUUCCCGUCGCUGCUUAGAGUCAUCGCUAUAUAAGCAAAUUCUCCUAGGCAAGAGUUGAAUUCUUCUGCCACGGGAAGCGAGAUCAGUGCCCAGCCGUCUCCGGCGCCGUUAUAGUCGCCCUAGCGAGGGUCUUUAGAUCGACAGACCACCCCACGUCGAACACGGCAACGUCUACAACAUAGACGACGAUCUUUCGAGACGCCGUGACGUCGGCUCAAGCUUUCCACCUAUAAGCGAAAGAAUAUGUGUCUUUUGGACGAGCUUUUCCAACAAUCAUGGGUCGCUCAGAGACAUAG